UCAUUUCAAAUUUUGUCAUAAUUAUGACUUAGUAUGUCAUAAUUUAGAUUUUUUUUUUAAUAAUUAUGACUUUUAUGUACGUUUAUUGUAGUUAUACUAUAAUUAUAAUAAAACUAAAACCAUACAAAAUUCUGUUACUUGAAAUGAAGUAAACGUUAACCUAAAUAAAAAUUAAAUAUAUAAAACUUAAACUCAUUCCAUUUAUGCUAGUUGUCAAGGCAAUUGACAUUUCACAUUUUCAUUUGGUGAAAUGUCAUUUCAACUAAAACUUAAGGGGGAAAAAAAAACUAAACAGACAUUAAAAAAUGAAAAAACAACAUUAACUAAAAUUUAACUAAAAUUAAAUAGAAAUUCUAAAACUAAACACUAAUUCAAAAUAUUAAUAAAAACUAAAAUAGCAUCUCAACGUUACUAAAAUAACCGUGCUUUUGUGUCAUAAUUAUGAUUUGACCAAAAGCAUGAUUUUUUUUUUUUUAAUGUAGCAGAAAUAGCGACGUCCUGUGGUUGAAUUUACAGCAUUGCAAGUACAAGCUGAGAUACAAUCCGCCCCCUACUGGAUGACGCCAUACUUAAAGUGUUUCAUUUUCUCAAAAACAAAACAGAGAAAGCGGUUGUCCAGCUGUUAUCUGUGACUCUGCAUAUGGUGAAAUGGCAGAAGCCAGUAUUUCAGUGGCUCCGGACCAGUUCUGCUGUCCAGUAUGUCUGGAUCUCCUGAAGGAUCCAGUGGCCCUUCCCUGUGGACACAGUUACUGUAUGAUCUGUAUUACAGACACAAAUAUCGGCCCGAUAUAUCGGUCGACCUCUAUUACAGACUGCAGACAGACCUUCACUCCAAGACCUGUACUGAGCAAAAACACAAUUCUGGCUGAAAUGGUGGAGAAACUGAUUGAGACAACACUACAAUCUGCUGCUCCUACUCCUGCUUUCUAUGCAGAUCCUGAAGAUGUGGAGUGUAACGUCUGUAGUGGAAGAAAACACAAAGCCGUCAAGUCCUGCUUGGUGUGCCUGAACUCUUACUGCCACACGCACCUUGAACAGCACGAGAAUUUCUUCAAAGACAGGAAACACAACUUGAUAGAAGCUACCAGACGACUCCAGGAGAUGAUCUGUAAGAAACAUAACAGGCCUCUAGAAGCUUUCUGUCGAACUGACCAGAAGUGUAUCUGCAUGAUGUGUAUGCUGGACAUACACAAAAAUCAUGAAAUUAACACAGCUGUAGUAGGGAGGAUAUACAGACAGAGGCAAUUACAGGAGAAACAGAGAAAAUACAAGGAGGAAAUCCAGCAAAAACAGAAUAAGAUGCAGGAGCUUAAAAAGGCUGUGGACUCUCACAAGCGCUCUGCUCAGGCAGUAGUGGAGCACAGUGAGAAGAUCUUCACUGAACUGAUCCACUCUAUUGAGAGAAGACGCUCUGAGGUCACACAGCUGAUCAGAGAUCAGGAAAAGGCUGCAGUGAGUCAAGCUGAAGGAUUCUUGAAGACACUGGAGGAAGCCAUUGAUUUUCUGAAGAAGAGGGAUACUGAUAAUAUUGGAAAAUCCGUCUCUCUCCUAAGAGGGAAACUUGAAGAUUUCUGCAAAGAGGAGGUAGAACGGAUAUCUGCUAGAGUAAAAAGCAUCAAGAUCACUGACACUGAUAACCCCAAGACUAGGGAGGAGUUCUUACAAUAUUCCUGUCAGCUCAGUCUGGAUCCAAACACAGUGAAUAAACACCUCUGUCUGUCUCAGGGGAACAGAGUAGUCACUUAUACUAAGAAUGCCCAGCAGUAUCCUAAACAUCCAGACAGGUUUGAUGGCAGUCCUCAGGUGUUGUGUAGAGAGAGUGUGUGUGGACGUGCCUACUGGGAGGCUGACUGGAGCGGGAAUUGUUGGGUGGGCAUAUCAGUGUCUUAUAAGAGCAUCGGCAGGAAGAGAAAGGGUGACGAUGAGGCUGAUAUUUUUGGAUAUAAUGAUCAGUCCUGGACAUUGCAAAACACGCGCGCACGUCGCUUAUUCACUCAUAAUUCCAUAGACAGUGAAAUCAAUAAACCCCUAUACUCCUCUAGAAUAGGAGUGUACAUGGAUCACAGUGCAGGAACUCUGUCCUUCUACAGCGUCUCUGACACAAUGACCCUUCUCAAAAGUGUCCAGACCACAUCCACUGAGCCCCUUUAUCCUGGGUUUAAGGUUUUAGAUGGAUCAAGUGUGAAACUAUGUGAUCUAACAAGGUAGAUGAUACAGUACGAUUCAACAAAUUGUAUUAUCAUAUCAAUAUUGUAUUAUCAGUGUUGUUAUUCUUAACAAAAACUUUUAAAACUGUCGUUUUUGUUAAGUGAAAUAAAGCUGAAAUAAAAUAAA